AGAACCUGGCGGGCUACAGCCCAUGGGAUCGCAAAGAGUCGGACACUACUUAAGUGACUUCGCAUGCAUACCUCUUACAAAAGCUGUUAACUCUUCUAAACUACAUAAGCCUUUACCCACUCCACAUUUAACUGAUCUCUCCACAAACCUAAGAUUAUAAGUGACCACUACUUUUGUCAACUCAGUGGCCGCUGCCUCUCCACGGCUUCUAUUAGACCUUAAUCUUCCCAAGUCACCGGGCGCCUGAGCCCUUUCCGUCGUACGGACACCUGCCUUAUAAGAUGGCCGCGCCUAUCGGGGUCCAGCUCUAAAGUUCACAAAGGGCGCCACCAUCUUUCUUUUUUCCUCAGCCGGCUGAAUUCGCCACUUGAUCUUGGAAGGGCAUUGACCUCUGAAAUCUUAACGCAGUUAGUACAGAAUGGUUGGUCAUUCCUUGCAACCAGGAGGUAAAAGUAUUUAGGGUGCCAGGAAUGAUUUUAACUUCUUCCCACAGCAGUUACGGCCUGUCUCUUCAGAAACGCCGAGGUGGGUGGGGCCAUGUUACGUCAUAAAGCGGAGUCUGCUGACGGAAUCCGGAAAUCCGGCAGCGCUCCAAGGUCGUCGGCGGAUCACCUGAACCUGCAGGUCUGCCUCCCGAGGGACUGUGAAAGGCGUCGGUAGAGAAAGUGGGCUGCAGCAUUCUGUUGCUGCCAGUGGUGUCUGGAAGGGUUUGGGAUCAGGUCCAGACUCCCCAGGAAAAAGAGUGAUCAAGUCAAGGAAUGAGGGAAGAAAGAGGAGGUUCUUGGAGUUGGGACAUCAUCAUUCCAGGGGACAUCUUUAAGUGAAUGCCAAGAUUUCUGUCUUUAAGAAUUACAUGGUAAAUGCAGAAGAGACAGAAAUCAGAAUCCAUGUUACUUACAAUUUCCUGAGCACAGAAGAAGAUGAUCAAGGCCCAGGAAUUGCUGACACUGGAAGAUGUGGCUGUGGAGUUCAACUGGGAGGAGUGGCAGCUCCUGGAUUCUGCUCAGAAAGACCUAUACUGGGAUGUGAUGUUGGAGAACUAUAACAACUUGGUGUCGCUGGGAUAUCAAGGUACCAAACCAGAUAUGCUCUCCAAGUUGGAACAUGGAAAAGAACCAUGCAUAAUAGAAAAUGAAAUGCAGAAUAGAAUUUGCCCAGGAAUCGGGAAAGGUGACAGUUAUUUGCCAGAGCACUCUAGAAACCAAAGAUUUCUGAAGAGCAUGCAACAGUACAGUGAACAGAAUGCAUUUAGAAAGGGUGUUCAUCUGAGCAAAACACAUUUCACCCUAAUUCAAGAUCGUAUAUUUGACUUACAUAGAAAAGCUUUGGAAUCAAGCUUAAGUUUAGUUAACCAGAAGAGAAGCUAUGGAAUAAAGAACCCUGUAGAGUUUAAUGGGGAUGAGAAAUCCUUUCUACAUAGUGAUCCUGGACAGUUGUAUUCUGGAAUUAUAUUUCCUGAAAGUAUAGAACACAUCAGCACUCAAUUCCAAGUCCUUAAGCGUCAGAGGACUCACAAAAUAGAGAAAUCUCUAGCCUCUAUUGAAAGUGAGAAGCCAUGCGGCAGGAAUUCUCAGCUUAUUUCUUGUGAAAGUGUUCAUACUGGAGAGAAAACCAGUGGGUGUGAUCCAUGUGACAAAUCCUUCUCCAGAAAUGUCACAUUAACUAAACAUCAGAAAACUCAAACACAAGACACACUCCACUUAACAAGUGAGCCCAGAAAAGACUGUACUGUGAAGAGCAGCUCCCCUGUACAUCACCAAACCUGCACAGGAGAGAAAGCCUACGUGUGCAGUGAGUGUGGAAAAGGCUUCACUAUGAAGCGCUAUCUGAUUGCACAUCAGCAAACUCACAGUGGAGAGAAACCUUACGUAUGCGGUGAAUGUGGAAAAGGCUUCUCCGGGAAGAGUAAUCUCACUGUGCAUCAGCGCACCCACACGGGGGAGAAACCCUAUGUAUGCAGUGAGUGUGGGAAAGGCUUCACCAUGAAGCGCUAUCUUGCUGUACACCAGCGAACUCAUACCGGAGAGAGACCAUAUUUGUGCAGUGAAUGUGGGAAAGAUUUUGCUGUGAAGAGUAAUCUCACUGUACACCUGCGAUCUCACACAGGGGAGAAAUCUUACAUAUGCGGUGAAUGUGGGAAAGGCUUCACCGUGAAGAGUAAUCUCAUGGUACACCAGCGAACUCACACGGGAGAGAAAUCUUACCGGUGUAACGAAUGUGGAAAAGGCUUCACCACAAAACUCACUCUCGUUAUACACCAACGAACUCACACAGGAGAGAAACCCUAUGAGUGCAAUGAGUGUGGUAAAGCCUUCAGUCAGAAGAUAUGCCUCAUACAACAUGAGAGGUGUCACACAGGAAAGACUCCCUUUGUAUGUACUGAGUGUGGAAAAUCCUAUUCCCACAAGUACGGUCUCAUUACCCAUCAGAGAAUUCACAUAGGAGAGAAACCCUAUGAGUGUGAUGAAUGUGGAAAAGCCUUCACCACAAAGUCAGUACUCAAUGUCCAUCAAAGGACUCACACAGGAGAGAGACCGUAUGGGUGCAGUGAUUGUGAGAAAGCCUUCUCCCACUUGUCAAACCUUGUGAAACAUAAGAAAAUGCACAUCAGAGAAGUGGGUAGAUCCAGUCAAGUUGGAAAUGCCUUUAACAGAGAGUCCCAGAUCAUUACUUAUGAGUGAACCACAGCCCCAUUAAUGCAAUGAUUGGGGAAAUGCCUUCUGUGACAGCUAAGAUUUUAAACAUCAGUGUUUCUCGCUAAGCAGAAUGUAAUCAUGGGAUGACCUGUUACCAAAUGGGGGACCAUGAGGAGAUGAAAGGAUUUGCCCAAGAGAUAAACCCAGUGAAUAUCGUGAAUGCAGUAGUGCCUUAAUGAUCCUACCUCACAUUUUCUGUUGGUGAAAAUAUGUUGGAAAAGCUCUUGAUAUAUUCAGUGUGGAGAUGCCUUGGGAAAAACUUUUUGACUUCAUUAGAUGUCUGAAAAGUAUAUAUCCCAUACACACUUGGACAUAUUCUGUAAAUGCAGAGACUAGAAAAGUCAUCAGUGGGAAGAUAGACUUUAUUAUCAGGGAUUGUCGUUGAUCAUCAGUGAACUCAUUGUAGAAAUAUGAUUUAGAAAAGAAAAAAGAAAUAUGACCAUGGGAAUGUCUUUCCCCAGAAAGAAGACCUCAGUGAGUGUCAGAGGUCACACCGGAGAAAUAUUUUUAAGAAGACAGUAUAUAUUGCAAGAUUUCAGUGAAGCAUUCUGCCUCAUCAUUUGUCAGGGAAUCAUAUAGAAAUUAAAACUUUUAGGAACAUGCUAAAGGUAAAGUACCUUUAGUUAAAUAUCAGUGGGCUUACAAAGGAAUGAAUUUUUAUGAAAAUGAUGAAUGUUUGAGUGCUUUUUGUUACAAAUGUAACCUCAUCAGAUGAUGCACCCGAGUCUUGUUUCUGAUUGCCUCGUGAAAAAUUCCAUAGUUUUGUGAUUUUUUUUAAUGUGGACCAUCUCCCAACUCUUAUUGAAUUUGCUACAAUAUUGCUUCUGUUUUAUGUUUUUGGUUUUUUGCAAGGGAUGUGAGAUCUUAGCUCCCCAAUCAGGGAUCAAACCCACAUGCCCUGCAUUAGAAGGCAAAGUCUUAACCACUGAACCACCAGGGAAGUUCCAUUAAUUCCAUAGUUUUAAAUGAAAGUUGUUUGCUUUUCUUAUCACUGAUUUUUAGGUAGGCAAGCGUGUUCUGUGCCUACCCCCAUAUGUGAUUAGCUCUUACUUUUCUUUGGCUCCAAACUAAUUAUAAGUAUACUGAUCUUUUUAAAAAAGGAAAUGGAAUAGGAACACAGAUUUGCAGCUUGCUUAACUAAGUUUAUAAAUAAAACCAAAUAUUUUAUAAAACCACCUUCAAAGUUUUUAUAGAAUGUGUAACUUGAAAUCAUUUUUAACUUAUAAGAAAAUGCAAAAGUAGUCCAGAGAAUUCCCUUGUACCCUUUAUGUAACUUAUCCCGGUAAAAACAUUUUAUGUAACCAUUAACUCUUAACCUUUGGAAUUUAGAUUUCACUAAAUUUUUUACAUGAAUCUUUAAAUAAUUUUUUUGGAAUUCUAAGCUGCUUUAUUACAUAUGUAGAUUUUGUGUAACUGCUAUCUCCAGAAUGUAAAACUUUCAUCAACACAGACACCCCAUGCCACAUUUUUAUGGUCACUCCUUCUAUCCAAACCUACCUCCGGCAACCACGUGUCAGUUUUCCAUCAAUAUAAUUUUGUCAUUUAUGAAAUUAAAUUAAUCCUUAUAACUGAAUCUUAAACAUUAUCUAUGUUAUAUUUAUACAAAUUUAUAAUUUUUUAUUAAAAAGGACCAUGUAAUUUUUUUAUUUUUUGUUCCUCAGGAAAUUGCUCUUAAGACUUUUUUUAGUUGAAUUACUUUAUUUUUAUUACUGAGUAGUAUAUAUUAUUGGAUGUACCAGUUUGUUUAUCCAUUCACUCUUCAGAUAAGUUUGCAUUGUUUCCUGGUUUCAACUUGUAUAAGGAAAGGUGCUAUAAAUCUGCAUCCAGGGUUUUGGAUGGACAUAAAUUUUCAUUCCUCUGUAAUAAAUAUUCGGGUGUAUGAUUAUUGGGACAUAAAAAAAAGUUGUGUUUAGCUUUAAAAGAAACUACCAAACUCUCUUCCAGAGUGACUAUACCAUUUUACAUUCUCACCAGCAGUGUAUGAUAUCCACUUGUUCCACAUCCUCUCUGGCACUUGGUAUUUUCAGUAUAUUUUAGUCAUUCUGCUAGCAACACAUGAUUCAGUUGUUCAUCCUGACCAGCACUUGGUAUUGUGAUAUGUUACAUUACCCAUUCUAUUAGGUUUGUAGUCAUAUCUGAUCUUGAGCUUGCAUUUCCCUCAUGGCUAAUGAUGUUCAAUCCUGUUAUUAUUUAUUAUUGGACAACAGUGUUCAUACCAUUUGACUACUUUCACCAUUUCUGCCCUCCCACCCCUCUUUCAGCCUCUGGCACACAAUCUGUUCUUUAUUAUUUAUAAGUUUGGUUUUCUUGGGGGGUUCUACAAAUAAAAGAGAUCAUAGAAUA